GAGUGGAGGGACUUGCCUAAAAGGACUUUGACUGGGCCUACAUAGGAACGAUUUACAUCACAACUUUUGAAGCGAGACCUUUUAGGUGCGGACCGGAAGUCUGUCAUGUGUCAUUAGAAAACAUGGCGGCGUCCUUUGGAAGGUGGUGCCGAACUUAAACCUCUUACAUUAACUGUAUAUUUUGAGUUUUUGUGCUGCACAACGUUGCCUUAAUUGAUGUAAAAACAAAGGAAUGUUAUGGAUUCGUAACGACGUUUUGACGAGUCACACCGUGACGGUAAAUUUAGCUGAUUUUUCUGUGGACAUGUCAGAUAAAGUCAGGCUUGCCUGAGAUGGCAGCCAGUGCACUUCAUUUUAUUACGGCAAAAUGUGGACUUUGAAUUAUUUUAACGUUAGGGCGAGUGGGCUUAGGAUAUUGUAUGCCUUUUGCAGUCAUUCUUACAAGAGAGAUUUCAAACCUUGUGCCCGAAGACUUCGUGACAGCAGCCACCCAUUACAAUGCAACUACACACACACAACUUCAAAACCUCCAUGGAGAGUACUAUUCUUCGGAAGCGACGAUUUCGCGGUGGAAUCUUUAAAACUUCUCCACGCUUCAAGCUUAGAGUCAAAGGAGAGGGUUGUGGACACGCUGGAAGUUGUGACUUUGUCAGAUUCCGUUCCAGUGUGGAGAUAUGCCCACAAACACCAACUCAAAGUUCACGACUGGCCCAAUGUGGAUGUCCAUGGACGAUUUGACGUCGGAGUUGUGGUGUCAUUCGGAUGCUUGCUGAAAGAGAAACUGAUCAAGCAGUUGCCACAUGGGAUCCUGAACGUGCACCCCAGUCUGCUGCCUCGCUGGAGGGGUCCAGCCCCCGUCUUCCACACCGUCCUACAGGGAGACACUCUGACCGGAGUCUCUAUUAUGCAGAUCCGACCCCUCAGGUUUGAUGUGGGCCCCAUCCUACAGCAGGAGGUGUGUGAGGUGCCGCCCCGCUGCACAGCUGAUGAGCUGGGACAGACGCUAGCUGCUAUGGGGGCCAGAAUGUUAAUGGAUACACUGAAGAACCUUCCAGAGAGAAUCUCUAAUAGGAAAGAGCAAGCUAAGGAAGGUGCAACAUUUGCCCCUAAGAUCAGUGUAUCCAUGAGCUGGCUGGUGUGGGAGGAUCAGACGUGUGUCCAGAUCGACCGCUUGUACCGGGCUAUCGGCUCAAGGAUUCCAUUAAGAACCCUCUGGAUGGGAAAGACUGUGAAGCUGUUGGACUUUGUUGGACAGUGCAAUAUCUCCCUAACAGGGUUCCAGUGUUCAGUCCCCGGCUCCAUAUGUUUUCAGAAGGAAACCAACACCCUGGCGGUGCGUUGUAAGGACGGCUGGGUGGGGUUUCAGACAGUGAAGCUGAAGAAGUGUUUGUCCGCGGCGGACUUCUACAAUGGCUAUCUGCACCAGAGCUUCCUCAGGAGGUCACUGGACGCCACGGACUGUGUGUUCCAGAGCGUCAGAGACAGAGACACAGGAGCCUUUAACUCCCACCACAAAGACUCUUUUCUCCUGGGCAAGACCAGUGCCCACUGAACACUCAAUAGAGACUUGCCGUUUAACUUAAUCAGAUGCACCCAGUGAGCAUUCUGCAGAGACUUGCCAUUUAACUUAAUCAGAUGCACCCAGAUCCAUUCAUAGUAUCCUUUGGUUUGUCUGUUUUAAGACAAAUUGUUGAUGUGUACAUUUGAUUUGCCAUGGGACUGUGAUGGCACAAGUUGUCAUUAAACAGAUAUAAAGGUA